AUGGCUAAAGAUAUUAGAAUAGUUGAACAAGUUGACAGUCAAAUUGCAGCCAAGAAAAGGAGAGUGGCCAAGGGAAACACGACUAACGAAACCACUGUAAAUCCAUCAAAAUCGCCUGAAAUUGAUUUAUACGAUGAAGUAGUUGAAUUUGAAGAAAAAGAAGCUAAAGAAAGAGAUGUUUUGGAAGAUUCAAAGCUGUAUUUGGAAAUAUGCUCUGAAAUAAGAACAUUACUAAUGGAAAUAGCUGACUUGAAAGCUCAAAACAGUGAUACAUCAUCUGCUUUGAUAAAAGAAAAAAGGAUUGAAGCUUCUUUGAAAAUACUAAUGCUUAAAAAAUUGAAUCGCCUUGAAAAAGUAAGAACAAAAGAAAGUAGAGUGGCAUUGCAAAUAGCUCGAGAACAAGUUGAUAGUGAUCAUCUACAUUUACAAAAUAUGCUUUACGAAGUACUUCACUUAACUAAAGAAGUUAAAAAAUGUCUUGAAUUUAAAUCAAAAGAUGAAGAAAUGGAUUUGGUUCCAAUUGAAGAAUUUUAUGCUAAUGCUCCAGAAUCAAUAUCUAAACCAGAAAUAACAAAAACAAAUGACCACGAAUUAAAAUUAGCAAGACUGCAAUGGGAACUUGUUCAAAGAAAAGAUUUAGCUGCACAAUGUCAAAAGUUAGAAGCUAGUAAAGAAGUUGUUGCCAAAGAGAUUGAAACAAAGAAAGAACAAUUGAACAAUUUAGCUCCUACCCUCAAAAAUAUUUUAGAUGCUACAAAACCAUUACAAGAAUAUCUAGCCAUGCCUAACGACAAGAGUAGAAAAUUAAUGGAUUUAGUUUAUCUUUUACCCAAACCUCUUUAUGUAUUAUUUGUACAAUUGGAUGCAUACAGUCAAGUUGUUAAAUGGGUAAAUGUUAGUAUUAAAGGAGAGUGUGAUAAGACAUCAGCAGAAGAAUCACAUUUAGAUGACAUUUCAUCUGAUGACUCAGAUUCAGAUGAUGCUGAUUUAUCACAUAGAAGAAAGACAAAUUUUCAAGAUCGGAGAAAAUCUGGUGCUGGAAAUAGUUCUGAUAGAAUUGAACAGAAAAAAAAUGAAUGUUUAAAAAAACAUCCGUUGACGCUAUUAUUAAAAAUUACAUUAAAAACUGGAGAAGUAUUAAUGAUAGAAUUUCAAUGGCUGGUGGUAUUAGAAAUAAUAUGUGUGAUUCCAUCGACUACACUCAAUGAAUCUUUUGGAAUUGCUGCUGAUGACUUAUUAGCCCCCCGAAAUAUCCUUUCAUAUUUAUUUUCAGGAGAUUCAGGAGAAUCUUGUCCUAAUCCUAGUGCCUAUUAUCAAUUGCACAGAGCCGGAUUAGAUUCAUUACCGAAUGAAAAUUCAGAUUUAGGAAUACCUUAUAAAUGGGCUCAAGAACUUUGCGGAAUCGAUAUAUUACCCUCAUCUCCAGAAGUUGUCAUUAACAUAUCUCAAAAGAACUUGGAAAGUACGUUGAAAAAAAUUAAAAAUCGUUUUCAAAACCGCCUUUCUCUUGCCAGAGAAAUUUACAAUUUGGAAACCGGAUACUCAAUAACGCAUAAAAAAAUAUCAUCAACUCUAACAUCUUUCCUAACUAUAACUCUACAGGAAUUUUCUAAAAUCCCAACAGCUCAACAAAUAAUUAAAGAAAACAUUGUAGACAACAGUUUUAUGUUUUAUAAAGCGAUGCUGAGUUUGAAUCCGACAAAAUUUAUUGCUUACAUAGCGGUGAGUCCAAAUUAUCCUCAAGAAUAUCCAUUAAUUUUAAUCGAAUUUAUUCACAAGACAAAUUAUAAUUCGUUAAAUUUAAACGGAUUACGAGAUUUGGAAAAGGAAAUAAACGUUUUUCCGGAUGAUCCACCGGAAGAAAUAAAAGACGACAAUUGCGUUUUAUUACGACAAAUAAGAAAAUUAUUUUAUUCCAUUGAAAUUUUUGCUCACAUUGAAAUAUCAAAAGAAACCAAUGUACAAGCGACAUAUUUUAGAGAUACUCAAGGUAGAAGUCGUAGUCAUCCAUACAAUAGAAAAUAA